CGGAGACGAGCGGUAAGUCUUUUGAUCAAGUGGACUAAGCCAAAAUGUUGGGUAGUUGAGUGGUCUGGCUUUUGGGGGGUUUUUGUGUGCAGAUUCUUUUUGCACAAUUCCUCCUUUUAAGCUUGACCAAGAACUGCUUGUCAGCAGUUUCGUCAAAACAACAAAAGGGGAGAGGGGCUAGUUUUUGGCCCACAUGCCGCCAGCACGGCUGAAGUGCAAACACCCCGUCACGGCUAGUUUGUAUGGUGCCGGUCGACGCUUGCCUCCUCUAUGGAGAUCCAAUGUGGGGUGUGCCCUUGCACACACAAGCCGAAUACCUAAACCCACUAUUGGACGACAAGGAGGGUUAUGCACCAAACGACGAGGAAGGGGGGAGGGGUGUGGGUGGAAUGGCAGGAACCGAAACACCUACCCGCCGCAUGUCAUUAUCAUUUCAUUACCUAAAACUUUUUUUUUCUUCAAUGACCUCUUUAUUUUAUCCUACCCACCACCAUCAUCAUCAUUACAAUCGACACAAAAAGACCAAACGAGAGAAAAAGUACGUGCUUCAAACCGCGGAAUUCUACGGCGCAGAUUUUUCCGCCCCCACCGAAAAUCCCGAAAUUGCCAAACUCCAUCACCGACAUCCUGUGGAUAAAGUCCAAUUAGUCGAACAAGAGCGUGCUAGGGCUGCGCAAGGCAGUGUCUUUAUUACUGCUUUGAAUAAUAUUGCGUUGAGUCGGUCCCAUGAUUGGGCUGCCGGUGAUGGAGGAGGAGAGAGUUUGGAUGUACGGGACGACGAGAGUGGAGGGAAGCGAAUGCUUGAAGGGGAUAAAGGGGUAACGGGUCUUGCUCUAACGGGACUACUUCCAACAGCUGUCACAUCACCCGUCCCGGCAGCUCCACCCCCACCUCCUAAGAAAUGGACAGAGGCCAUGCGUGAGCGGGUUCCUGUGCUGGACUACUCGGAUGUGUUUCCAGAGGAUGUGGGACGGAGAGAGGGUGUCACUGUUUUUCGUAUCGAGUCGCUUAAACCCGUUAUAUUGCCCGAUGACCUUUUCGGAAGUUUCUGCGUUGCGGAUUGUUACAUUAUCUUACACUCGGUGCUUAAGCAUGAUCGACAAGCAUGGAUGUACGAUGACGAAGGGGACGCGAUGGAACAUAAGAUAUGGGUAUGGAUAGGAAGCGAAGCAGAAGUCGAUAAACGGUUUUGCGCAGCCAUGUUUUCAACAGGACUUCGAAAUUGGAUUGGAGCCAAAGGGGGUGUGGAGCGAGUUUCGGAUGAUGAUUCCAGUCCGACUUUUUUGGCCUUGUUUUCCGAUCGAUUUAGGACGGAGGAUGCGACUGAGGCGACUGAGAGUGGGUUGUUUGUUGCGGAGCAGAAACGGUACCCAUUGCGUUUGUACAUGCUUUGCGGGAACAGGGAUAUCCGAUUACGAUUGCGCGACCCAGCAUUCUGGUCACUAAAAUCCGAUGCAGUCUUCCUCUUGGACUGGGGAUUAGAAAUCUUUCAGUGGAACGGUAGCAAAUCCAGUCUCCAUCAACGCGCAAAGUGCCGAAUAUUGACUGAUAGGAUUAACCGACUUGAACGAGUUGGCCGAGCCCAUGUGGAAGAGAUUGAAGAGUGGGGGGAACCACAGCGGUUUUGGGAGAUUUUGGGGGGUGAGCGAACGGAAUUGGAUGCUGCUGAGGAUCACGAAGCGGAUGCUGCAUCUGAAGAAGCCAUGUUUAAGCGGAUUGCAGAGUCCCCUGCGACGCUUUAUAGGGCGUUUGAGGACUUGUCUGAGGAUGUAGCGAGUCAUGUCGUGUCGAAUGGGAAAUUGAAGAGGGGCAUGUUGGUCUCGGAUGCUGCCUAUGUCCUUGAUGCGGGAGUAGAACUCUUUUUGUGGAUUGGGAAAGCUGCUUCGAUGGAUUUGCGGGCGUCUGCUACAGAACUGCUUGCGAGGGUUGCUCCACUUCAGAAACGACCGAAAUGGGUCGGCCUCCAUCGUCUCAUACAAGACCACGAAUCCGAAGUCUUUAAACUCCGAUUCCCAGACUGGGAAAGCACGGCAGCUGACGUCAACUGGGAGGAAAUCAAGGACCAAACCUCUGGGCGGUUCAAACGAUCCAAAUCCGCUGGUGGGAUUCGUGUGGAUGUGCGGGCCCUCUAUGCGAACCCUCCUCAAGAGUCGACUGUAACGGGCAUUGAAGACACGAUUGCACAUGCUAAUGCCUUGUUACAAACGUUUUCUGCGUUUGUGUACCAAAAGGGGCGGUUUGUCCAAUUACCUGAUGAGGAGCGUGGACAUUUCUUUACGGAUGAUGCGUACGUGUUUUUAUGCGUUUAUCGGUUGGAAGAAGAAAAAGAGCAGCAAAAGCGGGAAGAACGGGAACGACGACGUACUGAACGUCGAAAACAAGGGAUUAAUGUCAAGCCUGCCACAGUUGCCCGCGAAAUUGACCAAAAAUUCCGGGAAGGUUCUGGACAUCGUCGACAAUCCUCCACGUCUUCCAACCCAUACCCUCCAUCUCCCACCACCACCACUUACAGCGAGAUAUCUGAUUCCGAUGACGGAUGCAGUAGUGCAAACGAACCCCCCGAACCCUCUGUAGAAUGUGUGGUCUACUUUUGGCAAGGACGUCUCGCGAGUCGAUUAGCCUACUCUACCUUUAUUUUCAAAACCCAGCAAGAAAUGGAGGACCUUGUGCAAGACAUGUAUGGAUGUUCUGUCCGGGUUGUGCAUUUGGAGCAAGGGAAGGAACCGAUUGCGUUAUUGGCUCAUUUGGAUAAUUCCAUGGUGGUGCAUCGGGGGAGUCGAGCUAGAUUUGGAAAACAAGAUCGAAUGGUGGAAAGUGGUUGGAAACGUUCGAAAAUGUAUCAUAUUCGAACGGAUGCGCGGUAUCGGACGACACGAGCCGUGGAGGUUCUACCACGGACGUCGAGUAUGGUUUCUAGAGAUUGUUUUUAUAUUUAUUCGCUUGUGAAGGGUGUUUCGAGUUUUUUGUGGCGGGGAAAAGGGGUGAGUAAAGAAGAGAUUCGGAAAGCGGAAGGAAUUGUCGAAAAGAUUUUGCAACUCCAUGGUGUCGUUUAUGAAGCUUCUACCACUUGUCGUCCCGCUCCUCAAGGUCUUGAACCCUCUGGUUUUUUCAAUCUCAUUGAACCCCCUCAUGGUCCUGUUCCAUCUGGUACGGAAUACUAUUACGUUCCACCCCCCCGAUUUCUCCGGUGUUCAUGUACACAAGGAUACUUUUCCAUUGAAGAAAUCACGCACUGGUCUCAAGUUGACUUGCACAGUGACACUUGCGUCAUUCUUGAUCCGGGUGCACCACGAAAAUUGUGGGUGUGGGUCGGAAGUGGUACGAGUGACGUUGUCAAAAAGUUGUGUCGAAAGAGUGUUGAGGUUUGGUUGGAGCGAUUGGACGAUGGGAGGGUUUGUGGGUCUAUUCCUGGAAUAUUUGGACCACCACCUCAACAAGAGGAAUCAGAGGAUUGGAAACACCGAUCCACGCAAUCGUUGUUUUCUAGUAUGGAAUCCCUAGCUUCUCCCACCCUUUCACGAACCCGUGCCCAGAAAGCCGCUCGAAAAGCCAUUACGGCUGCAUUUAAACGGGAUCGAACGGUGGAUGAUGGGGAUGUUGUGUGGGUUUUGGAAGGAGGUGAGAUGGAGGAGUUUACGAGUUAUUUUUGUGGGUGGGAUGAGAGGUCUGUGAGGGGUGUUGGGGAGAUUGGGAAUGUGUUUCGGAAUAAUAGGCGGCCAAGGGGGGGUGGGAGUGAUGCGCGGCAGCACGGGCGGACUGCUGAUAAUCGAUCUGGAGGUGAUGGUCGAUCUGGAGGUGAUGCUCGGUCUCCUGAGGGAGGUGACGGCGGUGAGCGAGUCGAGGUAGAACGAGGAGGUACAAGAGAUGGGAAUGGGAAAAAGAAGGGACGAGAAGACAUGUUGAAUAGGAGAGUUACGGUGCACAUGUAAAACUAUUUGUGAAAUGGGCAAAACACUAGAACACACACCCAACAACAGACGUUGUCUUUUU